AUGCUUAUCAGUCGUGAUAAAAAUAUCGGUGAACAGAAUAUACCACCUAAAACUGUUGAAUUAAAUCAUAAUGACAAAAUUAGUACAAUACAUUCAGUGGUAAUUUAUUUCCAUCCAAUAACCCAUGAACUAUCCAAUAAUCAAUCUUAUUUACAAGCUUUGCAAGAAGUAUUGAAAUGUAUGGCUGAUAAGAAAAUGAAACUUGUACAUUUUGAAACAAGAUCACCAUUAACUUUAUCCGAUGCAAAACAAGAUAUUCAGUAUUCUUGUUUAUUAACUUUGGAAACGAAUGAAAAAAAUUUGAAUUUAAUCUACGAAGAAUUACGUAGUUGCGGUUUUGUUUCUGGAAUAAAUUUACUAAAUAAUCAGAAAACUGAAGAAUGGUAUCCUGAACAUAUUUCUGAUUUGGAUAAAUGUCGACAUCUACAACUUAAAUUUGAACCUGAAUUACAAACGGACCAUCCGGGAUUUCAUGAUAAAGUUUACAGAGAACGAAGAGAAAAUAUAGCGAAAAUAGCAUUUGAUUAUAAAUAUGGUGAGCGUAUACCUGAAGUUGAAUAUACUGAAGAGGAAAUCGAAACUUGGGGUUUAGUUUUCAGAAAAAUGAAGGCUGUCCAUACUACAAGAGCAUGCAGAGAAUAUAUUGACGGAUUUCACCUCCUAGAAAAAUAUUGCAAUUACAAUCCUGAAAGCAUACCCCAGCUUCAAACAGUCUGUGAAUUUAUGCAUCGCACAUCAGGAUUUCGUAUUCGACCUGUUGCUGGUUUAGUUUCACCAAGAGAUUUCUUGGCAAGUUUAGCGUUUAGAGUAUUUCAAUGUACACAGUAUAUACGUCAUCAUUCGCGUCCUUUCCAUACACCAGAACCGGAUUGUAUUCACGAACUCCUUGGUCAUAUGCCAAUGUUGGUGAAUAAAAAAUUUGCCGACUUCUCUCAGGAAUUGGGUUUAGCAUCUUUAGGAGCUUCUGAAGAAGAAAUUACAAGGCUAUCAACAUUAUACUGGUUUACUGUUGAAUUCGGUUUGUGUAAUGAGAAUGGUGAAACACGUGCACUAGGCGCUGGAAUUAUGUCAUCAUACGGGGAACUGGAGAAUGUGUUCAGUGAUCAGUCCGAAAAACAACCUUUUGAUAUAAAUAAUGCAGCAGUACAAGAAUACGAUGAUGUUGGUUAUCAAAAAGUCUAUUUUGUAACUGAAUCUAUUGAAUCAAUGAAACAGGAACUUCGAAAUUAUAUAAAUGCAUCCACAAAAUCAACAUUUCCAAUUUAUGAUCCAAUCACAGAAACGGUGCAUAUGAAAUCUAGAUUUUCUAUUCGACAAGAAAUUGUACAACAUAUGAAAGAAGAGAUUGGUCAAUUGGAUACAUUGCUUUAUCCUCCUAAUUAUGCAAUAUCAUGA